GCACGAAACCCUAUAAGAUCCUCGAUCCCUUGGGGGAAAUCCUCAGUCAAUCACAAACAACUCCCUACAAUGUCUCCAGCUGCCACCAACGGUUCUUCAGCAAGAAAGCUCGUCUCGGGUGUUUACGUCCCCGUCACCACGUUCUUCAAGGACGACGCUGAUCAGAGUCUCGACCUCGAAACUCAGAAGAAGCACUCUGUUUACCUCGCUCAGUGCGGAUGCAAGGGUAUCGUCGUACAAGGAUCCACUGCCGAGGCAGUCUUCCUUACUCGUGAGGAGCGAGCGCAGAUUACCCGUGCAACUCGCCAAGCCCUCGACGAGGCCGGCUUCCAUGAUACCCUUGUCAUUUCUGGAUGCGGUUACCUCUCCACCAAGCAGACAAUCGACUACUGUCAAGACGCCGGAAAGGAGGGUGCCGACUAUGUCCUCGUUCUCCCACCUUCGUACUACCCUAUGCUCACUACCAAGGAGAUCCUCAAACAGUACUACCAAGAUGUCGCUGAGGCCUCUCCCAUCGGUGUCAUGGUCUACAACUUCCCCGGUAUCAUGAACGGCGUCGACAUGGACUCUGACUUGAUCAUUGACAUCGCCUCUUCCAAUAAGAACAUCGUCGGCUGCAAGUUGACCUGUUCUUCCGUUGGAAAGAUGACUCGUAUUGCCGCAACAUUCUCUCAGGAGGAGUUCUUCGUCAUGUCUGGUGCCACCGACCUCUUCAUCUCCUCCCUCAUGGCAGGCGCUGAGGCUGCCAUCACUGGUAUGGGUAACAUCGCUCCCAAGACUUUGGUCAAGUGCCACAGGCUUUGGGCAGAGGGCAACUACAAGGAAGCCAAGAAGCUUGGGCAGAUGCUCAGUAAGGCCGAGUACCCUAUCCUCAAGCACUUCAUCCCCGGAUCCAAGUACGUGAUGGACAAGUACUAUGGCUACGGAGGUAAGCCUCGUCGUCCGCUGUUGCCCGCCGGUAAGGAGAUGAUUCAGGAGUUGGAUGAGAAGUUGAAGGGUAUUAUGGAGUAUGAGAAGUCGCUUUAA